AUGGACAUAUCAAUAGAAAAAGUAAAAAAUAGAACUAAUCAUGAAAGCAUAAGAUUAUAGUCCUUAAUUAAGAAAGAUAUAUCUUAAAAACUAAAAAAAAAUCACUUUUCUCCACCUUCAUCCCCAUCUAUUUUGGAAGCUGUUCGAUCAAAACCAUUGAUAAAAAUUGAAAGAUAACAAAGAUCACCAGUAGUUUAACAGAUAAAUGAUCUAGAUUUUGGUUACAUGGAAGAAUUAGAAAGGAAAAAGAUGUUCAUGAUGAUUAGACUUGGUCAUAUUAAGGAUCCUUCAAGAUUGCUUCCACUUCAUAACUAUGAUAAAAUACCAGUUCUUCCAAAAAAAAAGAAUAGAAAAAACAAUAAAACUCCAUCACCAAAGAUAUCUCCUUUGAAAGUUUCUUUACAUAAUCCUAACGAUAUUUCACUACCUACUUUAAGUACAAGAUUACUUGAAGAUCCAUAUUAAAUGACUAAAAUACAUAAUACAACUAAGAAAAAAUUAGAUCAGAAAUAAAGGAGAUUGAAUGUUAUCAAUAAAAGAAUAUUAAAUAAAUUCUCUAUCGAAUGA